AUGUUAGCCAGCUGUCUUGCGCCCCCUAGCGGUAGAGCCGCUAGUUACAUGGCGGCAGGCUGUAGGACUGGCUGUAUGGGCCUAGCACGGUGGGAAGCCUCAGGAUGCCGGAGGAGAACUUGUCCCAGCUCCCGGUCCCCCGGCUCUGCUCCCUCAACAGCCGCAUCCCGACAAAUGUCAUUUUCGUUAACCUGACUCCGCGCACCGUGAAACCAAUCUGGAUCAACUUCCAGGGCGAACCGCAGGCCUACCCCAGCCUGAGACCACAUACCGGCCGCAGGAUGAUCACCUACCUGGAUCAUUUCUGGCUUUUCCGAGACCUUGAAACCGAUGUUGGACUGUUGGCUAACAAGCAGGAAAUGUACUUCCCUGUCGAAGGCAAUAAUGUGCAGCCAAUUUUUGUAAACAUCAGUUCUCCAGAAUUUACCCUGAAGGAGCACUGUAUCCAUUUCAUCAGGAAGAUUGUAAAGCCAGAGGACUAUCGCAAACUGGACAUUGUAGCUUCUUUAUACAAAGACUUGGAAGAUCUUCCGAACAUGACAAAAGACUUGCGUAGAUUGACAAUUACAUACUGGGAACAAAACAGAUCAUCCAAUUCAGAAGCCUGAAAGCAAUAUUUAUUUUUAAUAUAGGUUUCCACUGACCCUCAGAGUUUGCAAUGCAUUGCUUUGAUGUGUGCGUCCCAGCCUUUUGACACACAGCAGAGUGAUAUUGGACCACUGAAAAAAAAGUAUAACUUCUGUAUUUCAGAGUACCCUAUAGUAUAUGAUAACGAAGUGACCACUAAUUGUUGCUUGCUAUGUUUGUAUAUUAAUGCUUCUUCCUGAAAAUGAUCUUGCUCUGUACAGAUUUUGAAUGCACCUUCUUACUCUUGAAGUCCCGUGGAGUUACGCAACUUUACCCAGACUGAGAUUCUAGCAUUUGGUCUUCACCACCUGUUCCUGUAGGGACCUGUGCACAGCAAACUGAGUUUGUCUUCUGCUUUUAAAGUGAUGGGGAUCUUUAACUGGCAAGUGAGAGGCUCGGCAUUAUCAAAACAUAGUCCACCUAGUUACCUAUCAUUGACCCAAACAUUCCUUUUCUAACUAAAAUUCCUGGGUGUUUGAUGUUAUAUAAAUAUUGUGGAUGGUGCAUAGCACCCAUAUGUCUUGUUUGCACUAGGAUGCUGCUAUACAAGUUAAGUCUUAUUCAGCUGUGAUUGGGAAAUACUAUUCUGAACAUAUCAUUGCUGGGAUAUCGUUGGAUUAUUUCCAAAAUGAUAAAAUGGUCAGUAUGAGUGGCUGCACUUUAAUGGCAGUGGCUGCAUUGUAGUUUUUUAUUGUCCACAGAGUACCGUGCACCAUUCUCAUUUCUGAGAGUGACUUAUAACUGUGCUGCCAAUAAGGUAGCCACAGUUCUGGUCUACUUAUAUUAACUUUGUCCAACUUGUCAUCAUGCACUUAUUCCGCAGCGCUUUACAAUAUUAUAAAAAAAGGGGAAAUAUUACAAUAAAUGAGCAAUUACAAUAUGUACAGGACUAAUAGGUUUGUGGGGACCCAUCUCAGCUUAUAUCUGUAUAUAGGGUAAACCAUUACUCCAGCUAAGGUACCGUUACCAAUACUAUGUUUUGCCAGCUCGUUGCAGAAGCAUUAGGUUGCUGUAUAUCAUGUAACAAUAGUGGUAGGGGCCCAGAAGCCUUGCUGCACUUGUGACCUGAUGUAAUCCUGGGGUGUUUCACUGGAGCAGGAUUACCGGGAAUUGCUUUGCAGAUCUGUGCCCUGAUUCCUUUUAUUGUAAUGAAUUACUGUGGGUGCAGUGAGGGCACAUCUUGCCACCCUUUUCUGAAAUAUCUCUAGCUCUCACCACUUAGCAGAUGGAAAACUGACCUGCCAUGUUAAGAUCUGCUACAAUAGGGAUCCAGCCCUGGAUUAUGGCUCUCCACCACAAUAAGAAGAGAAACAUGGGAGCGGAAAUUGAGUAAUUUUGUCAUUUAGUAAAAAUAUCAUGCACAGACCCCUACACUCUUUGUUUUGUCUGAUUGUAAACACUGAAGCCUGAUUUGCCUUAAACUGCCGAAUUCAUGUCCUGGGGUGGCAGUUCUAGCGUAGAUUGUGUUUGUACUGUUACUAAUGUUUAAUAUGUAAAUAUAUUUAAACAUAA